GAUUUUUCUAGGGAAAAAGCAGGUGCCCAGGCUUCCGAGGUGUCAUGGCCAAGUCACACCUGCUGCUGUGGCUGCUGCUGCCUACAUUCUGUGGCCUGGGCACUGCUGUCUGGGCUGCCCCAUCCCUGGCCUGUGCCCAGGGCCCCGAGUUUUGGUGCCAAAGCCUGGAGCAAGCAUUGCAGUGCAGAGCCCUGGGGCACUGCCUGCAGGAGGUCUGGGGACAUGUGGGAGCCGACGACCUGUGCCAAGAGUGCGAGGACAUCGUCCACAUCCUCACUAAGAUGACCAAGGAGGCCAUUUUCCAGAACAAAACUCAGAAAUUUCUAGAACAGGAGUGUGAUGUCCUCCCCUUGAAGCUGCUGGUGCCCCAGUGCCGCCAUGUGCUCGAUGUCUACUUCCCCCUGGUCAUCGACUACUUCCAGAGCCAGAUCAACCCAAAGGCCAUCUGUGAGCACCUGAGCUUGUGCACACAGGCUCCCAGGCAGCCGGAGCCAAAACAGGAGCUGGGGACACCGGAGCAGGAGCUGGGGAUGCCAGGCCCUCUGCUGAACCAGCUGGUCCUCCCCGUGCUGCCUGGGGCCGUCCGGGCGAGGCCUGGGCCUCACACACAGGAUCUCUCGGAGCAGUUCCCCAUCCCUCUCCCCUUCUGCUGGCUCUGCAAGACUCUGAUCAAGCGGGUCCAAGCUGUGGUUCCCAAGGGUGUGCUGGCCGUGGCUGUGGCCCAGGUAUGCCACGUGGUACCCCUGGUGGUGGGCGGCAUCUGCCAGUGCCUGGCCGAGCGCUACACUGUCAUCCUCCUGGACGCGCUGCUGGGCCGUGUGGUGCCCCAGCUGGUCUGCGGCCUCGUCCUCCGGUGCUCCAGUGAGGACAGUGCUGGCCCAGCCCUCGCCGCUCUGGGGUCCCUGCCAGGAGAAUGGCUGCCGCAAGACGCUGAGUGCCGCCUCUGCAUGUCUGUGGCCACCCAGGCCAGGAACAGCAGCGAGCAGGCCAUGCCACAGGCAAUGCGCCAGGCCUGCCUCGGCUCCUGGCUGGACAGGCAAAAGUGCGAGCAAUUUGUGGAGCAGCACACACCCCAGCUGCUGGCCCUGGCGUCCAGGGGACAGGACGCCCACUCCACCUGCCAGGCCCUGGGUGCGUGUGCAACCUCGUCCAGCCCUCUCCAGUGUCUCUUCAGCCCCCGCUUCUAAGGAGAACUCAGCCGUCCAGCUGCAAAGGAGGAGCCAAGUGUGAUGGGCGCUGGGACCUCUUGACCCCCACCAGCUGCCCACACUGGAAAGAAGCCUUAUGACCCACACUCGCCCUCCCAACCCUUUCCUCCAGAUCACCUGUACUGGUGGACCACGAGCCCCAGCAUGUGCCCUCAGCCCCGUUGUGGCCUUGUCUGCCCCAGGUCCAGCCACAGCCCGACGCC